GCCGGUUCGUUCGAGAACGACCCAUCACACAACUGACUGGCACUGACAUAUCAUUGACCGACAUGGCUGCCGAUCACUUAGGAAGCAGCUGUUUUAACUCAAUGUGAUGUUCUUUUUGGCGGUUUGGAUCAGCACUGGGACAACAUGACGGACGCCCGAGGUGCUCGCAGUCUGGACCAGUUGAAUAAAUUCGAGCGGCUGACAGGCAGGCCGCUGCACGGCGAGACACUAGCAGGUCGUCGGAUGCCCCCCGCCCGCAGUGGCCAUCGCUGUGUUGCAGACAACACCAACCUCUACGUGUUUGGGGGCUACAACCCGGACUAUGACAAUCCGCUGUUUAGGGAGCUUUGGCGGUACCACUUUGCCACUGGUCGCUGGCAGCAGAUCCACACACAGGGCUUCAUGCCCAUGGAGCUGGCCUCCAUGUCAGCUGUUUUGCACGGCAACAAUCUCCUGGUGUUCGGCGGCACAGGGAUCCCCUUCGGCGAGAGCAACGGCAACGACGUCCACGUGUGCAAUGUCAAGUACAAGCGGUGGUCGCUGCUCAACUGUCGCGGGAAGAGACCCAAUAGAAUCUAUGGACAGGCAAUGGUCAUCAUAAACGGCUUUCUGUACGUCUUUGGCGGGACGACAGGGUACAUAUACAGCACUGACUUGCACAGGCUGGACCUGACGAGCCGGGAGUGGAUCCACCUGAGGCCCAACAACAGCCCCGAUGACCUCCCCGAGGAACGGUACAGACAUGAGAUAGCACAUGACGGACAGAGGAUCUACAUCUUGGGAGGCGGGACUUCCUGGACAUCUUACGCUCUGCACAAGAUUCAUGCAUAUAAUCUGGAGACCAACUCCUGGGAGGAGAUCGCAACAAAACCUCACGAAAAAAUAGGGUUUCCUGCUCCUCGGAGAUGCCAUAGUUGUGUGCAAAUUAAAAACGACGUAUUUAUAUGUGGCGGCUACAACGGCGAGCAGAUACUCUCCGACCUGUGGAAAAUCAACCUGCAGACGUUCCAGUGGAGCAGGCUCCCCGCCAUUAUGCCCGAGCCCGCCUACUUCCACUGCGCUGCCGUUACGCCGACGGGCUGCAUGUACAUCCAUGGCGGCGUGGUCAACAUCCACGAGAACACAAGGACCGAAUCGCUCUUCAAGAUCUGGCUGGAGGUACCCAGCCUGCUGGAGCUCUGCUGGGAGAAGCUCCACCAGUCCUUCCCCCAUUUGGCCGCCUUGCCCGCCCUGCAGCUGCUCAACCUGGGCCUCACGCAGGAACUCAUAGAGCGCUUGAAAUAAGACAAAAAAAAAGGACCCCACCCCGAUUCCGGACACCCUUAAAGCCAAAAACGAUGGGAUGCCUUUUUUUUUUUUUUUUUGCUUAUCUGGAUCACUUUGCCAAAUAGAACAAGAGAGACUUGUAAACAUUUUUAAAAAAACAAAACAGGAAUAUUUUACAGACUGGGGGCAUAUGUAUUUAUUAUUGAAAAGACUCAUCCGGUUUGCACACACCGACUUGUCGCUUAUAUUUGUCAAUAAUUAGCUUUUAAAACAUAAAACAUGGACUACUACUUUACUUUUACUGACACAUGACAUCAA